AUGUUUGCAGGUAAUGCCAUCAGACCCAUUGCUCUCAGAGCAGUGUCCGCCAUCGCCAGAGCAAUUCCUGGCUUCCCAGUCCUGGCCACCGGAGGCAUCGACUCGGCAGAGAGCGGCCUACAGUUCCUCCACGCCGGGGCGUCAGUGUUACAGGUGUGCAGUGCAGUACAGAACCAGGACUUCACAGUGAUCGAGGAUUACUGUGUGGGUCUGAAGGCCUUGUUGUACCUAAAGAGCCUGGAGCUGAAGGACUGGGACGGCCAGUCUCCUCCGACAGAGAGACACCAGAAGGGGAAACCAGUUCCCAGACUGGUGGACCUGGUGGGAAAGAGCCUCCCGAGCUUUGGGCCGUAUCUCCAGCAGAGGACAGACGCCAUCGCAGAGUACAAGAAAAAGCUCCGAAACGUAGAAACAGACGUGAAGGACGUCGGCAUCGGCCGCGUCAACGAGGCAAAAAAAACUGUCCCCGCGGUCAAGGACGUGAUAGCCAGAGCGCUGCGCCACAUCGGAGCGUACCAGGAGCUCAACAACAUGGAGCAGGUCCAGGCUGUCAUAGAUGAGGAGAUGUGUAUCAACUGUGGAAAAUGUUACAUGACCUGCAACGACUCUGGAUACCAGGCCAUAACGUUUGACCCAGAGACCCACCUGCCCAGGGUGACCGACAGCUGCACGGGCUGCACUCUGUGCCUCAGCGUCUGUCCAAUCAUCGACUGCAUCAAGAUGGUUACCAUGGCGAAACCCUACAUACCCAAGAGGGGUGUGCCCAUCAGCCCGGUCUUCUGAAGGGAGAGACAUAUUUAAUCUAAACUGAUGUUAUGAAGUCGGGUUUUACGAUUAGAUUCAUCUGCCACAUGAGCUUUGACUCAUUUGUGUUGUUCCAUUUAUGCAGAUAACUGGGAGGAGUUCCGAUGUGGUGGAAACAUGACAUAUGUGUUUAUCUACUUGAUGGGAGUAAUGUUUGGAGUUAUGAGAAAUUUAGAAUUUAACCAAUUUGACCAUUACAAGAUCAGAAUUUACAAUUUAUCCAAAUAAACAUGUCAAUGAUUUCAUUGUAAUUCUGACUCAAAUUACAUUAUUAAUUUGUUCAGCGUUGUUGCAUCCUCUUGCGAAUACUUCAUGUUCAAUGUGAUGAUUUUAAAUUCCAAUGGGCAUGUAUGUUGAUCUACUAAUGUAAAAUAAAUAUUUGACAUUGUCCGUGAUUAAAAUAAAAGUUUUCUUUUACAAAGAAC